CCAUGCUUCUUUAUCACCCGCCCGGGGUUUGGGCUAACGGCUAGCAUUGUGGGUUUGCUCCCCUCAGACAUGAGUUCGAUUCCCCUCCCCAUACUUUACCCGAUGCACGUGGUUUGCUGUUGAUUGCAUGCAUCUGCAGGGAUUAGUCUCGCCUUAAAAAAGGGGUGGGGACACCCUGUUGUCAUCAAAAAAUAAAUAAAUUUGCUUCUUGUUUAUCAGUAAGGUCUAUCAAAAGAUUGAUAGCCUCUGCAGCUCCUAAACUCAUUCAAGAUUAUUUCUCUGCUUUCACUGUUUCCUUGAGUAACUGACAACUGCAGAUGAUUUCCCAGUAAAAUGCUCAUUAGAUAUUCACAGUAGCAGAUUCUCAACUCUCUCCCUUUACAUUCUCUCUAUACUGGACGAGAUUCUUAGAUUCACAGCUACUGAAUUGUUUUACCACUCUAGAAUGGUUCUCUGCCCCUCAUCGUUACUAGAUUAGUUAGUUAACAUCGAUGAAGCUAGACAAUGCGAUGAAAGAAAAUCUGUGUUGAUUUGGUUGUUCAUAUAUUCUGCUAUCAGUGUUCUUCUGCCAAAAUAUUUCAACAGAUUUAUAUUUUACAUUUUAGAUCAGUAUGCUACUUAACAAUCAACAUUCCCAUAGUGAUGGUUUUGUCACUGAUGUAUUUUCUACAAAUCUUUUCUCCUAGUACAGUGCUAGGAUUCGUUAGCAGAUAUGUUUCAGGACGAGUUUGCAAGUCUUCCUGCUAUAGUUCCACAAGGUCCCAUCGCCAUCUUGGGUUUGGGUGGUGGUACUGCAGCUCAUUUGAUGCUUGAUUUAUGGCCUUCACUGAAACUUGAAGGCUGGGAGAUUGAUGAAAUACUGCUUGAUAAAGCAAGAGAAUAUCUUGGCCUAUCCGAGCUAGAGAAGGUUAAUCAAGCUGGUGGUGUUCUUAAUGUUCAUGUGGGGGAUGCCUUUUCUCCGUCUGCUGUUGUUCCUGGAGGAUUUGCUGGCAUCGUGGUGGACUUGUUUUCUGAUGGAAAGGUCUUACCGCAGUUGCAAGAGGUCACGACAUGGUUGGAACUCAAUAAAAGGCUGAUGCCCCAUGGCCGUAUCAUGGUGAACUGUGCUGGGGCUCAUUCAGAAACAGCCAAUAUUAGUGAUGGUGCCUGGGUACAGAAUUCUACUAUUAAAGCAUUAUGCAAAGCAUUUCCUGGAAAUUUAAGCUGGAAGAGAAUGACCGAAGGAGAAGGUGAAAACUUUCUUGCACUCACAGGACCGACACCAGAUUUGAAUGCGUGGUCGAUGGCCGUCCCUGGCCCAUUAAGCUCGAAUGUAACACAUUGGAGACCUUGCCAACUUGCAGGAUAGAUUGUGCCCAUGGUCAGAAAAGUUUAGUUUAAGACAAUUCACCGUCAGUGGCACAAGUCCGGAUGCAUGUGAAUGUUGGGUCCCACCAUUAUGACGUCUGAAAUUUGAGCUGCAACGAAUGACUUCAUUCUCCAAAGUGAGUUUAUGAAUGUUCGAACUUAUUAUUUUCUGAUAGAGCUUGUAUCUGACUCAGUUAGCAGGCACUAUUUUUUACUAUACAUGUGGUACACAUGUAUGAGAUCAAGGGAGUUUGUCCGCUGGGCCCCAGCAGAUGGUCCAUUUCACAAAGAAAGCACAGCGUUCUCACGAUUGUAGCCACCAAAGAGGGCUUCUUUUGAAUAUGGUUAGCCGACAUUGAAGGGGCCGGCAAUGGGCGGGGUAGCUAACCUGACUCAACAAGCCUGGCUUUGGCGUUGCAUGCAUGAGGGUUGUGCUUGGACUCGAAGGUCAUUUUAGCUCGACCGGGCCAGGUCCCGCCUAGCCUGACCUGACUUUAUGUUUGCAUGUGUUUUCCUACAAAUAUGCUAUUCCAAUCCUUGGUUAGGCAGCACAUCCAUCUUGAAUGCAAAUUGUUAGUUUCAUUCUUGUAAAAUGUCUAUUUCUUUGUGCAUGCAUGGCCCACUUGAUCAAUGGAUGGGGUAGGAACAUUCAAGUAGGAAAUAGGGAUUUUAUCACUUUUCAGUCCAGUCCAGGCCAGGCCCCACCAUUUUUUAGGCUUGGACUUGGGCCUGCUGUGAGUGUUUUGGCACCCACCCCAUUACCACCCCUAGGAAAAAUUCUAAUCAGUGUCUAGGAUUACGUGAAUCGUGUGCUUUCUGUGGUAAAGCUCAUCCAUGUCAAUGCCUAGCAGAUGAACGGUCCGGAUCUCGUACAUGUAUGUCAAGUGUGCAGAUAUAGGGUGAUUGAUAUCUGACUUGGAAAUAAGCAUUUACCACCUUCCACUCUCUCUCUCUCUCUCUCUCUCUCUCUCUCUCUCUCUCUGUUGAACUGAUUUUCUCGUUUCUUUCUGUUUGUUGAGCAGCUGGUGGCGUAUCUGUAAUCUGGGGAUCCUAACUUCCAAGCAUUGGCCUCUCUUUGUAGCCGUCGGAUUUAUGGUCACCUGAUCAAAAUGGUUCCUCGGAGACACGUAACUAAGAAAAUGGAGUCGUUGGAAUGGACUAUUCAUAUCGAUUAUUGGACACUUGAUCCAAAGUGUUCAUUUUUGCAUGAUUUUGAUUGGAUGCUAGAACUCCUUCCACGUGUGAAUUUCUCAUGGUGGCUCAAGAAAAGUAGGGCGAACCUAGUGGACGGUACAGAUUGAUGAUUCGACCCUCCACAUGUCCGAAAGCAGUGGGCACUUUAGAUCAUGGUUUGUUUUUAUGCGUUUCACAUCUUCCAAGAUAAUUUU